AUGUCGUGUCAACGUAUUGUAGGUGGUAAGCAAUAUCAAGUGUGGUACCGUGUCAGUUUCUUUGGGAUGCAUGGAGUCGGUAUAACCAGUUUAAUUAAAAAGCUGAUAGGUGACAAGUAUAACGAGAAAGCAACUGAAAAAGAUAUGCAAUCCGUGUGGUUGAAAUAUAAGUCCAACACUAUAUGUCUCUUGGAUUUAAUUGAAGCAACAGUCGAAGAGGAUCAGCCACCCAACAAGAAGAAUUUGAUUGUGGAGAAGCUUGAUUUGUCGUUUAUAGUGUGUUCCCCCGACCAACCCCUUUCCAUUGAAAAUUUAGAGAACGUCCGCCGUUCUGCUGAUAAAAUUAUCGACGCUGGGCUUUCCAACGUUCAAUUUUUAGUUCUUAAAAGUGAUUUGGAAAUAUUACCCAAGCAAAAACAAAUCAUUGAAAAAACAGCGGAGACCAACAAAGCAAAAAUAUUUUACUGUUCCGUUCAAAGUGAUAUUGGAUGUACUGAGUUAUUCGAUUUCAUCAAAACUGAGGCCGACAUCAAAACCCGCGCUUAUUUAAUCGAAAAAUCGCGUGCAAAUCGGUCCAAAAAUCGGGUCACAAUGGCACUUGGGCAAUUCGCUCAAAAGAAAGAAGAGGACAAAAUCCAACGCGACCAGUCCGUCAUGAUCAAAAGUGAAAUAUGUAGAAGUGAAACCGUUGAAUAUUACAACCCGGAAGAGGAUAUCACAAAAACAAAGAAAGAAAAGAAGUGUCGUAUAGUAUGA